AUGGCUUGGGGCAUCUUCAACGACCCUGUACAGAGUCUUGUAUUUGCUGUUGGUCUUGUAUUCACACCUAUCUGCGUUAUAGCAACCGCUCUUCGCUUUAUUGCCUCUCGGGUAUCGUUGGGUAAAAUUGGCAUUGAGGAUUGGCUCGCCCUGGGAGCUCUGGUAUUUUAUAUUACAUGGACCGUAAUUACAGGUAUAUCUGCAACUUACCUUGACGAUAUGGACUUCACGAAAUCGAGUGCAACUUCGCGUCUUCUACCUUUGGUUAUUGCGACGCUCAUGUUUGCCCCAAACCAACUAUGUGCUAAACUUAGUAUUCUAUUCCUCUAUCACCGUAUUUUCGGCGUCAAGAAAGCUUACUCGCUCUGGAUUAAAGCCCUUGGUAUACUCCAAAUUAUCUAUACUAUUCCCACCAUGGUGAUUGAAGCGCUUGAAUGCUGGCCGGUGCAAAAGUCCCGAGCCACCAAUGAAUCGUGUAUUGUUAUUUCGGCUGCAUUUAUGGCUCGUGCCGAGCCAGUCAACUCAUUUGUCGACUUUGCCAUGGCAACCCUUGCUAUCUUUAUGCUUCGCAGUCUACAAACCAGCCGAAAGACUAAAUGGAAGCUUUCACUUCUUUUCAUCUCUGGAGCACUGGCUGGAAUUAUUGGCUUUAUAAAGGCCGGUCUUGCGUUUCCAGCAGCUUAUGGCAAUCAAAUCUUUAUGGGCGUCGGGACGACGGUGCAGAUGGCCCUUAGUAUUAUCUGCUGCUGCGCCAUCACCUUUAGACCACUUCUCACGAAGACUCACCUUUUUAGCAGCCUGGCCGCUAAAAUCUUGGCGUGCGGAAGCAGACUUCUUCUUGUGAGAAAGGCUUUCCCGCCGUCGUCGGACCGCACAUCGGAUCAUGGGAUCAAUCUAGAGACCGCUAGCGGCACCAGGCAUCCCGCUGUUUCCAAUGAUGUGUGA